CUGGGGCGAGAGGCGGGGCCGCGGGGGUCGACGGCGAUGGGGCUCGCUGAGGAGGAAGAAGCGGGUGGAAGGCGGCUUCGCGGCUGCUGACCCUCCGCGGAGAGCGAGCGGGGGGCCGGUCGUCCCGGACAGGGCUGGGGAGCGGCGGCGGCAAACAAGAAGGAUAAAUUGGAGAUUAUCAAGAUGAGCAGAAAGCCUCCACAUCGUCCUGGGAUCACAUUUGAAAUUGGUGCUCGCUUAGAAGCCCUGGAUUAUCUACAAAAAUGGUACCCUUCGCGCAUUGAGAAGAUAGACUAUGAGGAAGGGAAGAUGCUUGUCCAUUUUGAGCGUUGGAGUCACCGUUACGAUGAAUGGAUUUACUGGGAUAGCAACCGAUUGCGCCCGCUCGAGCGGCCUUCGAUGAGGAAGGAGGCCCUAAAAGACGAUGAAUUUAUCGAUUUUAAACCAGGAGAAGAGGUUCUGGCUCGUUGGACAGAUUGCCGAUAUUAUCCCGCAAAAAUUGAAGCAAUUAACAAAGAAGGAACCUUCACUGUACAAUUCUACGACGGAGUGAUUCGGUGUCUCAAAAGAAUACAUAUCAAAUCCAUGCCGGAGGAUGCCAAAGGGCAGGCGCGCGAGAGGCAGCAGAUAGCACCGGAGCUGAGAUUAGUGACGGAUAACGAGCCACGUGAAGAUUGGAUAGCUUUGGUCAAAGCCGCAGCAGUGGCAGCCGCAAAAAACAAAACAGGAGUUAAGCCACGGACGAGCGCAAACAGUAACAAAGACAAAGAGGAGAGAAAGUGGUUCAAAGUACCUUCAAAGAAGGAGGAGACAUCAACUUCAGCAAUGGUCCAGAAAGUCCAGAAGAAAGAAGAACAGCCCACAUCCAGUGAGACAUUUGGAUUUCCUCUGGUGGAUGUCCCAAAGAUUGCCUUUGUACAGGCGGAGAAUGCGUUAGCGCACAAGAGGAAAAACAGUCUAGGCAACUCAUUUCAAGCAAAGAGGGCCCGUCUUAACAAGAUCACUGGGUUGUUGGCAUCCAAAGCUGUCAAUGCUGAUGGUGCUGAAAAGAAACAAGACCGCAAAGAAGCAGCUCCAGUCUUGGAGCAGGAGAUAUCACCUAAGCCUCAAAGUCAGAAAAAAUAUGAAGCUGAUAUUGGCAGUUCUGCCAACAUUCAGAAAUCGGCACUGCUGCUCUCCAACCUGGCUUCAGGAAAGUCGCGCAGCAAGAAAUGCAAACAAGAAUCUGGAGAUUCUGCAGGGUGUCUAAAGCCCCUUAAAACACCAAUUUCCCCAGAAUUAAUACAAGUGGAGGAUUUGACCCUGAUCUCCCAGCUUCCUUCUUCUGGGAUAAAUAAAACUAUUCCCAAUGUAGCUCAUGUAUCCCUUGAGAAGCAUGGACUAAGUCGUCCUCUUGACUUAAGCAGUAACUUGGAUGUUUCAGCCCUGUUCGCUGGGGAGGCUGUCCGCUAUAGCAAACAAACCAAUCAGGAGAAGGAAGAGAACCAGAUUAUUAGAUGCCAUCUUUCCAAAGCAGGAUUGGAUGGCAGAGUAGCUCCGGUGGCCCCAGGAACACUGAAAAUUGAGAGGAAAUCAAAAUUGGAAGAGAGAUCCUCAUCUUUACUUGGUAAAAAGAAGGAGAAGGAGAAAAAGGAGAGGAAGGAGAAAGAUCUGAAGUCAAAACAGAAGAAGAAGAAAAAGAAAAAGAAGAAAUCAAAACAGCAUGAUUAUUCUGACUUCGAGGAUAGUUCUCUUGACUACUUUGAUAGGUGCUCCUCGCCCUUCACUCGGUCUUCUGGCAGCUCGCUGACGCUCCGCAGCACAACAACCGAGAAGAGCACGUCCUAUCAGUACCCGAGGGCUAUUUUAUCUGUCGAUCUCAGCGGUGAAAACCUUUCUGAUAUGGAGUUUCUGGAUGACUCCUCUACCGAGAGCUUGCUGUUGAGUGGCGAUGAAUAUAAUCAGGAUUUUGAUUCGACCAACUUUGAAGAGUCCCAGGACGAAGAGGACGCCUUGAACGAAAUAGUCAGGUGUAUCUGCGAAAUGGAUGAGGAAAAUGGCUUCAUGAUUCAGUGUGAAGAGUGCCUGUGUUGGCAACACAGCGCGUGUAUGGGAUUGUUGGAAGACAGCAUUCCAGAGCAAUAUACCUGCUACAUUUGCAGGGAUCCACCUGGUCAGAGAUGGAGUGCCAAAUAUCUCUGUGACAAAGACUGGUUGAAUAAUGGCCACAUGUGUGGCUUGUCAUUUUUAAAAGAGAAUUAUUCUCAUUUAAAUGCCAAAAAGAUUGUGUCAACGCAUCGCCUUCUGGCCGAUGUCUAUGGUGUUACAGAAAUAUUACAUGGACUUCAGCUGAAGAUUGGAAUACUAAAAAAUAAGCAUCACCCUGAUCUUCAUCUUUGGGCUUGCACAGGUGUGCGGAAGGAUCACGACCAAAUCACGGUUGGAAUAGAAAGAAGGGUCCUAAGUGUGCCCGAAGCCGUUAAUCCCUCGGGAAGGACGUGUCAUAGUCAAAAUCAUAAAGAGCCGCCUCGCUUAGCUCCAAAGAUGGAAGAAACGUAUAUCAGAAGUGAACACAGUUAUCAGAAACCGAGUUUUGGUCAUGAUUGCAAAGCCGUUUUUGAUCCCACCAGCAGCUCAGAGGACGAUGACACCAGCAGUUUUGAACAGCACCAGGAACGUCUCUUAGAAGAGAAAAACUGUUUACAGCGUUCAUCCACAGAAGAUGGUUUGGGCCAUCAGAACCAUUCAGCCGAAGGGAACACCGUGUUCGUAUUCAACGAAAGAAAAGGAAACGAGGAACACGUGGACACUCGUCUUCAGUGGCAGCUAAACCUUCUCACCCACAUAGAAAAUGUGCAGAACGAAGUCACUAGUAGAAUGGACCUGAUUGAAAAGGAAGUCGAUGUUUUAGAAAGCUGGCUGGAUUUCACCGGAGAACUGGAGCCCCCCGACCCCCUCGCCCGUCUGCCUCAACUCAAGCGCCGGAUUAAACAGCUCAUCUCUGACAUGGGUAAAGUCCAACAAAUUGCCACCCUCUGCUCCGUAUGACGAAAGGAAAGAUGAAGGAAUGCACGCAGGCAGUCAGGCUCCCACGAUGGGUUUCUUCAGAUUCACCAGGUUCACAUAAAAGAGUACUUUUUUUUAAAAAAAAAGAAGCCUGAACGCUUGUACCUUAUUCUCUGCCAAUUCUCUCAUUAGGCUGAAAGCGGCGUGUGGGAUGGGAUAAGGGGCGAAAUCUCCCUCAUAAAGGAAAGACCGCACUGGUUUGAUCUGAAAAGCAGGCAAAUAAAGAAGGUUGUGUAUUUCUUUCCACAUAUUAUGGCUUUAGAAACCCUCAACCAAGGCAUGUUUCCCUACAUUUUCACAUGCAACAUCACGGAAGAAGCCCACAAACUCUUAAAACAAUCCCCAGAGUAAGAAGCCGGCCAAAGCCAUCUGCAUUGGAAGAAGGAACACAUUUUACAUGAUUUGAGUCUGGAAAGUAGAACAAGGAGAUGUGUCCCCAUUGGUAACUCGAAAGGUGAACAACAACAACAACAAAAAAAAAGUUGAACAAAUGCCGGUUUUCCAUAGUACUGUAGAGAUCCAGGAAAAUGAAAAUGAAAAAAAAAAAAAAAAAGAAUCUAGCUUCCCUUUCAGGAGAAACUGUUUUUUAUAGUAGCCUCUCUGUGAAUAUUUUUUUAAGCCGAGCCUUCCUUGCAUCGAAUCUUAUGCUCCAUUUUUAGAAACCAAACCGGGAAAGUCAUGGUCAGAAGUGCCAAAAAAUAUUUUUUUAAAAAAAAUACUGAAACGGGAGUGGCACGAGGUCAGUUUGAAGGGAGCUUUCUCCCCCCCCCCCCCACCCGACUUCUCAUAUCAAGUCCUCCAUAUUGCCAGCAUCAACCAGGAUUGCAUCAAAUUCAUAUUUGGGCAAGCUAUAAUUAAAAGUAUUGAGGGAUAUUGUGUCUAACGGCUGGGUCUGGGCUGCAAUACUCGCCUUCCUCAGCUGGCUUGAGGAAUCGAAAGAGCGUCUAAACCGCCAGUGACUGGCUGUGAAAUGGGUCCACUCCCAACCUUUUUACUCUCUGUCACGUGAAAUGAAGUAUGAAAUAUGAAGGUUGAUGCUGUUUUAUUCCAGGGAGAUAAACUUAUGCAUGCCAAAAAUCUUGGAAUAGUUGAGCAAUUUGUAAAACAUGGCAUGAUCUGUGUAGUCUCCCGGUGAACCCCAAAUAAUCAGAAGCUCCCCUAUUAAAGGCAUUCACGUCAUUUGGCAAAUCAUUAUGAAACCAAAGUCCUCCUAGUUAGCUGGGUUUUUAAAUAAAAUUCUGGGCCAAGUCCAGUUACUUUUAGUUUACCUGCAUUAUCGCUGCACCCAGUGCUGUAGUAUACCUCUUGAAUAUGUAUAUAUGUCUUUGUGGGCGUACGCAUGUAUGCAUAUACACACACAUAAUGUGUAUGUGUGUGCUCAUACACACGUUGCCUUCUAGAGACAUAUUUAUAUUUACAAGACUAGUUUUCUUGCGAUAAAAAGAACCUUGGUGACAAAUAAAAUGUUACCUUUUAACGAGCUGUUUCUUAAAAAGAGGAGAGGGAGAGAGAAAGAAGAUUAAAAAACAAUAUGUACAGAAAUUUGUAAAAAAAAAGAUACUUUUCUAAAAAAAAUACUGGCUGUUCAAGAGAGGCUGCAUUAUUGAGAGUAACAAGAGAGCCUCCCAGAUUGUUUCAGUGCUGGCAAUGUGUACAAAAGUGUGAGAACUACAUGAAGGACAAUAAACUUGAACCUCCACAGGAUAAGAGUACAAGCCACUGUACAUUAAAAUGUAUUUAAAUUUGCAAAUACACUGUCUAUAUGUAAGGUACUGUAUGUAAAGCUGUUUAUUAAACUAUUCUGCAUACCGCA